UUAGACUGCUUCUGAGUCUCAGCGUGAAGUCCUCCAUCUGCAGAACACCAUUCCAGGAUGCUGAAUUUGGUGCUUUUGUGCCUUUGGGCAUUGUCAGGCCUCAAUGCUGCCCCCUUGAGAGAUGACGUUGUAGCUCCACCAAGAGGCAUGGUCCACAAUGACCAACUGAAUCUGCCCAGUGGAAUCCCAGCCUAUGACCAGCGCAGACAGGGCACAGAACCUUCCAGACGCUUCCUGGUGGACCUGAACACUGGCCUGCUGAAGGAACACGCCAGUGAGAUGGAGAGGAGGGUGGGGAAUGUGUUAGAGCCUCCGACCAUGGGCUUACUCAGACAGGACAUCCAGAACUCUCCGCACACUCCAGUGGACAGAAAGACCGGGAACAUCAUCCAAGCGGUCGGGGACAUAGAGACAAACUUCAUCUUUAACUCUGCAGGCUCCGUGGAGGUGCCAGCCAAGAUGACAGAGGCAGGCUGGGUGAGGGAAAGCGUGAGUCUGCCUCGCAGUGUCCCUGUGGAGCAGCGCAGGCAGGGCACAGAACCUUCCAGACGCUUCCUGAUGGACCUGAACACUGGCCUGCUCAAGGAGCACAUCAGUGAGAUGGAGAGGAGGGUGGGGAAGGUGUAUGUUCCUCCCUUCGUGGACUUGUUCAGACAGGGCACGGAGAACUCUCGGGCCACACUGGUGGACACCAGGACAGGAACCAUCAUCCAGGAAGUCGGAGAGAUGGAGAGGAACAUGAAGCUUGUCGGAGAGAUGGAGAGGAACAUGAAGCCAGAUGUGCAGAAGGAAUGGUCUGAGGUUGUAGCUGAGGUUCACAAUGUCCCAGUUGAGCAGCGCAGGCAGGGCACAGAACCUUCCAGACGCUUCCUGAUGGACCUGAACACUGGCCUGCUGAAGGAGCACAUCAGUGAGAUGGAGAGAAGGGUGGGGAAGGUGUAUGUUCCUCCCUUCGUGGACUUGUUCAGACAGGGCACGGAGAACUCUCGGGCCACACUGGUGGACACCAGGACAGGAACCAUCAUCCAGGAAGUCGGCGAGAUGGAGAGGAACAUGAAGCUUGUCGGAGAGAUGGAGAGGAACAUGAAGCCAGAUGUGCAGAAGGAAUGGUCUGAGGUUGUAGCUGAGGUUCACAAUGUCCCAGUUGAGCAGCGCAGGCAGGGCACAGAACCUUCCAGACGAUUCCUGAUGGACCUGAACACUGGCCUGCUGAAGGAGCACAUCAGUGAGAUGGAGAGAAGGGUGGGGAAGGUGUAUGUUCCUCCCUUCGUGGACUUGUUCAGACAGGGCACGGAGAACUCCCGGGCCACACUGGUGGACACCAGGACAGGAACCAUCAUCCAGGAAGUCGGAGAGAUGGAGAGGAACUUCAUAAUGAAGCCGCAGGAUGUCUCCAGAGUUCAAGAUCAGUUAGACACAGAGUGUGUUGGAGAGGUCAUUGAUGGCCGCUGCUACCACUUCAAUCCAACUCCAAUGACCUUCAGCCAAGCAGAGGCCUCAUGCAGAGUUCUCAGCCGUCUUGGGAACCUGGCCUCCAUUACCAACAGUGACCUGCACUCUCGCUUGGUCUCCAUGGUGACCAAGACCAGCAACAGCCCUGUUUUGACUUGGCUAGGCGGAGUUGGCAAGGACCAGAAGUAUGAAUGGACUGAUGGGUCCGCCUGGGAUUACACUGACUGGAUGCCUGGACACCCAAACACACUGAGAGACCAGCCGGCUUGUCUGGAGAUGUUCAGAGUUGAUGAGAGUUGGUGGACAUCUGUGGACUGUCAGUUGAAGAGGGCAUCCAUUUGCUCUUUCCCCGUGGCAGCAUAAAGACCUGCAAAAGAAAUCCUGCAAAAAUACCAGACAAUAUGAAGCAUUUCAAAUCUGUUUUAUAACGUCUGAAAUGUGGAAGAGGGAACAUCUGUUAUUGAGUUAUAUUAAUUAUAUUUCCAAAUGUUGUGUCCCUUAUUUUUACUUCUUUGGAUGAGUAACAACUGUUUCAAUCCUGUCUAGUAAAUCUUCAUGUAAUUGGACAUGGCCCUACUCAGCUUCAACUUUGUCACGGAAAUAAAACUCCUUAAAAAAAACUAUGAAU